AUGAAAUACUUGGCAUACGGAGGGGUGAACACCUCCCAGAAGAUGUUUCAGGGUGUGGAAGACCGUGACAUGAAGGACAUGGACGCCGAAGACAUCCUUGUUGCUAGGGGCCAAGCCACUAUCAAUCAUGAUCAUUCACGCCUUGAGAUUGAUUUUAAUGCAGUGGUCAAGGGGUUCUUGACCUCGGUCUUUCCGUUCUUCUUCAACCCCCAAUCUGAAUCCGAAGUCAAGUUAGCCACGGAUACGAUCCGCAACUUCCUGUCUUACCUGCUUUACCACGACGUCUGUCCGGAACAUAAGCAGAACAUUGACGAUGCCAGAGGAUCAUGCGAUGUCGCGGCCAAAGAGAUUUGGAAAAAUACACAGUUCACGGCUCAAGGACCAGGACAUUUCAACAUCGCGGCUUCGACGCUCUUUGGUGGCUUCUUCUACGACAACUACGUUGAGGACAACCAGUGGGAAAACAAGAAGGGCGAAUCAGUCUUCAUGACCAUUGAAGUGGCUAGCAAAGUCGUGAAGGUUGCGCUAGCCGGAGCUGCAUCCUACAUGCAGGUCAAGCGCUACGACGAACUAGCUAAUGCCGAGGGUUUGGAGGCAGUAUGCGUGGAAGAUAUUCACGGAUUCGAAGUCACAAGGGUUCAUCCGCCUAGUGCCCGAGUGCGAGAGUUCUACAAGGAGCACGCUCCCGACCUGUACCCCGUCGGUAAGAUUUAUGGAAAAGCCUACCGAGAUCCAGGCAAACCGAAAUAUGACCUCGGGCCCGAAGAGAGUCUUGAAUGGGAACAAUGUAGUGCCCCCGAAGAAGAAUUUGAGUUCUUCGUCGAAGAGCACUUACUUGAACACUGCUACCCCGGUAUGAAGGUGAUGACGACGGUGUGGGAGUUGAACUGUGGGUUUCAUUUUUUCGAUGAAGUUUUCUCGUCCUACUGCUCUAUCUACACCGUGCUCGCAAACGACCUCAUGAUGGGAUGGAAGAAGCCGAGAGAUCUGACCGGGAAGGACGCGGAUGACAGCAGCGACGAGGGAGUGGGCGAUGAGGAAUCCUAA